CAACUUUAGCUUUUCUACUUCCAAAAAUAAUAAAAUCAAAAUAAAAUAACUUUCUUCAUUUAAAUACAAUAGAAUUUCAAUUGUUUUAAAUACAUAAAAAUGCGUGUCUUAAGUAUUUGCUGUGUUUUGUUGGCUGCCUGCAGUGUAUCAUUGGCUGGUUAUGCCCAUGGUGGUCUUGGCCUAGGUGGAGGCAGCAGUUAUACCGUGGUAACCAAACAUGAAGAACCCAUACAUUCCAUUAAAUAUGAAGUACCCAUACACACGAUUAAAUUGGAUGGCGGACAUUUGGGUCAUUUGGGUGGAGGUGGUUUGGGCGUAGUUGGCCAUUAUGGUGGCCACUUGGACCAGGGUCUUGUUCAUGGUUAUGCUCAUAUCGACAAACAUGAUUAUCCUCACAAAUAUCCCAAAUAUCAAUUUGAUUAUGGUGUAAAGGAUUUGAAAACAGGCGAUAUUAAGAAUCAAUGGGAACACAGAGAUGGAGGUCUUGUCAAAGGUGGCUACUCCCUAAAAGAAUCUGAUGGCACUACUCGUGUGGUUGAAUACUCUGCUGAUGAUCAUAAUGGUUUCAAUGCCGUUGUCAAGAAGAUCGGUCAUGCUCAUCAUCCCCAAGUCUAUGCUAAACAUCAUGGUUAUGCCAAUGGUUUGGAACAUGGUCUAUAUGGUGGUGGUUAUGGUUAUGAUCAUGGUCAUGGCCAUGGUCAUGCUACCAGUUACGUGAAUGUUAAACAAUUGUAAAUUGUUGCCAUUGCUGUUUAUACUGACUGCCGCCCCUCAUGAGUGUUAUUGUUAAAUGCUUGUUCCAGGACUUAAACCGACCAAAUACUAAUCAUUAAUAUACGUUUUAGCUGUAAAUUAAAGUUAUGAAGAAAAAAAAAAUAAUGUUGAAAAAAAAAAUAUGACAAAAAAAUAAAAGAAUAAUAUUUGUAUGCAAAUACACAAGAAAUAGAAAAUGAAAAA